GCUCCGCGCCCCAUCUCCCCGCGCACGCCUGGCCAGGGGCUCUGAACUCCUACGAAUGGUCAACCAGACCGGACGUGCCACCCCCUGCAGAGAGCACACAGUAGGCACUUAAUCCAUGCAGCAUUUGCCGCCUUCGUUACAGGCUGGGGCUAGUAACCUCCAGCCCGGGGGAAGUGUGUGUGCCAGGAAAACAGGGAGGAUGCUGGGCUGACCGGACCGGCCCCUCCUCUCCACCGGGCUGCACCCACGGAGGCGGGUUAUUGGGGAGGGCCCUGCCUUGGGCUCCAGCCGCAGGAACCCCGCAGGACCGGCCGACCUAGGGGCACGCAGCCGCGCUGGACUACAUCCCCCAGAGUCCUUUGGACCUCCACGACAGAUUCUGGGCCCCAGAAAUCUCGAGAUUCCAGUGUGCGUCAUGGCGGCACUCGGUAGGAGGUGGUCAGCACCCUUGGGCGAGCUGGAAUGUGGCAUGUUUCAGGAGCCUGGGGCAUUCAAGGAUGUGGCUGUGGACUUCACCCAGGAGGAGUGGAGGGAACUGGACGCUGCUCAGAAGGCCUUGUACAGGCACGUGAGGCUGGAGAACUAUGAACACCUCGUUUUCCUGGAUUCCCUUACUCUAGAGACUAGAUGUGAAAUCAAGGACUCUUCUCCAACACAGGACUUUUGUUUGGCACUGGCAUGUGAGGAAAGGCUAGCAAGAGACGGUCCUUGUGAUUCCAGAGUGGGAAAAGCUUGGGUAGAGAGGCAGAAGGGCAACCAAGGAACACCACUGGGGUGGCUAAGAGUUGCUCAUAGGAACAGCGCUCAUGAGGAACACGUUUGUAGAAGUACCAGUUCUGAGAGAAGUUUGGGGCUGGCGUCAUUCCCAGUGCCCCAGAACAGAGCUCCCACAGAAAAGUAUCACCAUAAAUGUGAUGCGUUCAGAAAGCAUUUCAGUCACUUUCCUACCAUAAUGAAAAACGGCAAAUAGUUCUUUGGGAAGAAGAUUUACAAGUA